AGCCGUAAGCGCUCCAGGCCGAACCGCCGCACGGGCACCUGGGAGUCAUUCGCGGGUUGACCCAAAGCCUUCUGGGAGUCGUAGUUAUUUUACCUGCUUCCGCGUUUUCUCUGAGCCUGGACCGUCCGGCGCGGGUUCUAUUCAGGAGAAGCCGACCCCUCCCGCCUCGCCAGGAGCCCGCGAUGCCCGCCCCGCAGUGCGCCUCCUGCCGCAAGGCGCGAGCCGCCCUCCGCCGUCCGCGCUCGGGCCAGGCGCUGUGCGGCACCUGCUUCUGCGCCGCCUUCGAGGCCGAGGUGCUACACACGGUGGUCGCGGGCCGCCUGCUGCCGCCCGGCGCCGUGGUGGCCGUGGGCGCCUCGGGCGGCAAGGACUCCACUGUGCUGGCGCACGUGCUGCGCGAGCUGGCCCCGCGCCUCGCCAUCUCGCUGCACCUCGUGGCCGUGGACGAGGGCAUCGGCGGCUACCGGGACGCGGCGCUGGCGGCCGUGCGGCGGCAGGCAGCGCGCUGGGAGCUCCCGCUCACCGUCGUGGCCUACGCAGAGCUCUUCGGGGGCUGGACGAUGGACGCCGUGGCCCGCAGCACGGCCGGCUCCGGCCGCAGCCGCUCCUGUUGCACCUUCUGUGGGGUGCUGCGCCGCCGGGCGCUAGAAGAAGGGGCGCGCCGCGUGGGAGCCACGCACGUCGUGACGGGACACAACGCCGACGACAUGGCGGAGACGGUGCUCAUGAACUUCCUGCGGGGCGACGCGGGCCGGCUGGCGCGGGGCGGGGGCCUGGGCUCUCCGGGCGAGGGGGGCGCCCUGCCGCGCUGCCGCCCGCUGCAGCUGGCCUCGCAGAAGGAGGUGGUGCUGUACGCGCACUUCCGCCGCCUGGACUACUUCUCCGAGGAGUGCGUGUACGCGCCCGAGGCCUUCCGCGGCCACGCGCGCGAGCUGCUCAAGCUGCUGGAGGCGGCGCGGCCGUCGGCGGUGCUGGACCUCGUGCACUCGGCCGAGCGCCUGGCGCUGGCCCCGGCCGCGCGGCCCCCGCCGCCCGGCGCCUGCUCCCGCUGCGGGGCGCUGGCCAGCCGCGCGCUCUGCCAGGCCUGCGCCCUCCUGGACGGCCUGAACCGCGGCCGGCCCCGCCUGGCCAUCGGCAAGGGCCGCCGGGGGCUGGACGAGGAGGGGCCGCCGGGUCGCCGCGGGCCGCAGCCGUCCGGACCCCCGGCUUCGGAGCCCAUCCCCGGCUUCUAGAGACUCCGGUUCUCCGCUGGGAUCCGACGACGUGGGAGUGCGGGGCCGCCUGUAAAUGACACUGUGAAGGAACCCGAGUUACCUUAGCCCGGGCUUCGGUGUGAGGUUGGAAAGGGGUCGGAACCCCUUACUUGUGAUCCUGCAGAAGCUGGGGCUCUGGGCUCCUGGGGCUGCGGAGGUCUCCUGGGUGUCUGGGGGACUCCUGGGCCUCAGAGAGGAGAGAACUAAACAACUUUCCAUUCCUGAGCGAGUGGGAAUUAGGGGGCUCCUUGCCUGUACCUCUGUGGGGUUCUGGGCGUGCUCAGAUAGUCCUGCCCUUCUUGAGCGCCUACUGUGUGCCUGAGGUUUCAUGUUUGCCUGCAGUGGGAUAAGCAAAACCAUGUAACUUGAUGGGAACGUCAGUUACAGCAAUCGUGAUGCUUCUGUGUGAGCGCUGUGCACAGGGCAGGCCGUCUCAUUUCAUCCCCAGCAUGAUCUCAUUGGCUGUAGCCUUGUUACCGAGUCCAAGCUCGCUCUGCUCCCUGCACCACAGGCCAAUAAAUCGGAGCGGAAGUGUUGAGGCAAGGAAUACGACUUUAUUCGGAAAGCCGGCAGACCGAGAAGAUGGCAGACUAAAGUCUCAAAAUAAGCAUCUUAUCGGGGUUUGGUUGCCAGUUUCUUUUACAGCACAGAGAGGGUGAGGAGAUGAGGAAGUAAAGUGAAAAGGCCAUAAGUUUUGUAAAUAUCACCUGGAAUAGCCAGCCUCGGGGAGGGGAUGUGUUAAUUUCUUCUUUCUUGUAUCCAUCCACAGGUGGACAGGGUCCGGAUGUUUCCCUGAACAAAGGCACUUUGGUUUAACCUUCAGGCAGAGGGGCAGGGUUCCCCGAGGCAGGCCAUUAUGUAUAGAUAGUAUCCUUUUAGUGAACAAAAGCAGCGGAAAGCAAAGGUUAAAGUAAAAGAAACAGAUCCAACAUGUAGUCAGAUUUGACUCUUCCCUGUUACAACCUGAGGCCAACUAGCCUGAGGUCACCUCGCUGGAGCCCCAACUAGGGGCUUACACCCAGGUCUGCCUGGGGCUCCUCAAGGCAGUGGAUUUAGUCCUUACCCCCAAUCUCUGUGUGAUGGGUAGGGAGCCGCUGGGUGAGCUCCCCAGACCUCAGAUUCUAGAGGCAAAGCUGGGUGAGCCUGGGUCAGUGACUUAACCUCUCUGGUCUUCCAUUUCCUCCACUGAAAAUGGAAUCAAAGCCUCCUAGCAAAGAGCACUGUUGUAUUUGAUAAAGCGCUCAAUAAAUGGUGUCCGACUUG